AAGACACACACGCUCCUCGCGCAGAAGGAGUCGGACAUCUACUGGAAAGACUGCUGGGAAAGCAACAACAAAUCGACAAUAACAGGAACUGGGCUUUUUCUUCCGCGUUAUUCUGCUGCGGUGAAAGACGAAUUAAAUAUAUCCGCGGAUUCAUUCUUUUCGGAUAACGUGAGCCCACAGAUUUGCAGAAAUGAGUCAGUGGUUGGAGCUUCAACAACUGGAUUCAAAGUUUUUGGAACAGGUCGACCAACUGUACGAUGACAGCUUUCCGAUGGCCAUCCGGCAGUACCUCAGCAGCUGGAUAGAAAGCCACGACUGGGACCAUGUUGCUAACGUGGAGAACGAGUCUCUGGCCACCGUGAGGUUUCAUGAUCUUUUGACCCAGUUAGAUCACCAACACAGCCGCUUCGCGAUGGAGAAAGACUUCCUGAAUCAGCACAACAUCCGCAAGAUCAAGAGGAACUUGCAGAGCCUCUUCCAAGAUGAUCCGGUCUCCAUGGCGAUGAUCAUCAGCAGGAACCUCAGCGAGGAAAGGAAGAUUCUGGCGUCUGCCCAAGUGUCAGAGAAUCGAGCCGAAAGCGCCCAAAAUGACAUGAUCGUGGAGAAACAUCGAGAAAUGGACGGAAGGGUGAAAGACAUAAAGAUGAAAGUGCAGGACACGGAGCAGACCAUCAAAAAUCUAGAAGACCAGCAAGACGAAUACGACUUCAAGAAGAAAACUCUACAAAACAGAGAGGAACUGAACGGAACGAUUUCAAAGGAAGACCUGAACCGCGAGAGACUGACGAUCCGUGCUAUGUUUAUGAAACUCAACGAAACAAGAAAGAAAGUGAUCAGUCAGAUGUCGGAGGUGUUAAACAAUAUGGAUCCGGUGGUCUUUGAGCUAAUCUCAACAGAACUGGCCGAAUGGAGGCGCCGUCAACAGAUGGCUUGCAUCGGUGGACUAACCAACGUCUGCUUGGACCAGCUGCAGAACUGGUUCACUUCUCUAGGAGAAUCUCUGCUUCAGCUCAGGCAGCAGCGCAAGAAACUUCUGGAGCUGGAGCACAAAUACACCUACGAGAACGACCCCAUCACCCUCAGCAAAAGCACUCUGGACGAAAGGAUCACGCUGAACCUCAAAAAUCUCAUCACGAACUCUAUGGUCGUCGAGCGACAGCCGUGCAUGCCGACACAAUUGCAAAGACCUUUGGUGCUGAAGACGGGCGUCCUGUUCACCCUCAAAUUACGGCUGCUCAUAAAACUUCAGGAAUUUAACCACACUGUUCGGGUGAAGGUGCAAUUCGACAAGGAUAUCGUUGAGAAACGGAAAGGGUUUCGCAUGUUCAACAUCUUGGGAACGGCCAUGAAGGUCAUGAACAUGGAGGAGUCCAACGGGAUGGCAGCAGAAUUCCGUCAUCUGCAACUUAAAGAGAAGAAAGUUACCGGAAACAGAACAAGUGAGGGCCCUCUGAUCGUCACGGAGGAACUUCACUCCAUCACCUUCGAGGCUGAGCUCUGCUGGUCUGGAAUGGUCAUGAACUUUGAGACUACAUCUCUGCCUAUAGUCGUGAUCUCCAACGUCAGUCAGCUGCCCAGUGGAUGGGCCUCUAUCAUGUGGUACAACAUGCUGACCUCUGAGCCGAAGAACCUUUCGUUCUUCGUCACUCCUCCUUCAGCCACGUGGGGGCACCUAUCGGAGGUGCUGAGCUGGCAGUUCUCCUCCAUCACCAAGAGGGGUCUUAAUCAAGAACAGUUAAGCAUGCUGGGUACCAAGCUCCUUGGACCUAAAGCGGUGAUGGAUCCAGAAGCUCAGAUUCCUUGGAACAGAUUCUGCAAGUCUGGCAGUGAGAAGAACUUCACCUUCUGGCUGUGGAUUGAAGGAAUUUUGGACUUAAUAAAGAGACACCUGCUCAGUUUGUGGGACGAUGGCUGUAUAAUGGGUUUCGUGACCAAAGACCGAACUAAAGCGCUGCUACAUGACAAAGCUUCCGGGACGUUUCUGUUGCGCUUCAGCGAGAGCAACCGUGACGGAGCCAUCACGUUCAGCUGGGUUGAACACGAUGCUAACGAAGAGCCACAGAUUCGCUCCGUGGAGCCCUACACGAAGAAGGAACUCUCCGCCGUCUCUCUUCCAGAUAUUAUUCGCAAUUAUCGCGUGAUGGCGGACGAUAACGUCCCAGAAAAUCCCCUACGCUUCCUAUUUCCCAAUAUACUCAAAGACGAGGCCUUCAAAAAAUACUACUCCAAACCUACAGACAAGCAAGAACCAAUGGAUGUGGAUAAGAAGUCUGAUGAGGGCUACAUCAGCACCACUCUCAUCUCCAUCUCUGAAAUGCAGCCACAAGACUACAACGACACGCUUAUGCCAAUGUCGCCCGAGGUUUACGGCGAGCUGGAGCGCAUUAACCGAUACGUCACCGAUUCGAUAACUUUUGAGCCCUCAGACUUAAGUCUCUCUUAAGUGGACAGAUGAUGCCAAAAAAAAAAAAAAAAAAAAAAAAAAAAAAAAAUUGAAAUGUUUAAUUAUUCAGUUUUUUCUGUAAUAGCGCAAACGAAAGAGGAACAUCUAGUCGAGGUUUAGCUAUUUGGUUUAGCCAUCCUUUCUUUUUCAUGCUAACGUUAUUUGAAAAACACUGUAUAUGCUGUCAACUAUAGCAUAAAGACAACCAAAUAGAUCGAAUUAACCUCAUAGCGAUGCUACUGUUACCACAGCACUUGUUCUCGAAAAUGUUUUAGCCAGGAAAGUCGUGUACGAACGGCACUUCAUUUCCUCAGAUGCCAAGUAAUAGAGAAGAAGAAAGUGAACAAAAAAGCUAGAUGGAUAAAAUUUCACAAUUUUUUUUUUUAUGUAAAGAAAAUUAAACCUAUUUUUAGGACUAAUAAGAUUUUUUUAUAAGACUAACAUUAUGCAAGCAAUCGAAAAUUUUAUUUAUGUUAAUAUGAACAAAAUAUAUUUUUAAAAAAUUACAUAAGUCACACUGACUUGUUUUUUUUUUUUGUAUUAAAAUCAGUAAAUUACUGUAGUACGGGAAUUUUACUGUAAUAAAGAAAUGACUAUUAGUAAUAAAAAUACAUUAUGAAAAUAAUGGGAACAAACAAAAAACAAUGUCCUCAACAAAAAUAUUGGUCCUAAAAUAGGCUUUGUUUUCUGAAAGCAAGUUUUAGAUUUUAAUGUUUAAGUUUCUUUGGGAUAAAACGCCCUCAAAGAUAACUCCAGAAAGAGCUACGAGAUGUAGGAGUUCAGGUCUGACAAAACCUUUUAAGCUGUUAGAGGUUAAUUUCCAGUUUCCAAAUAUGUGAAAAAAAACCCAGUAUGUCCGGUCUUCUUGAUAUUCUCCUUAACUUGCUGGUGCUCUGUUAGUGUUAUGUUCACUUUAUAUAGUUUAUGUUGUCAUUUCUCACUUUUUGCACUGGAUUGCGCUACUGUGUUAAAUUACAGGGAAAAAUGCUUUUGUCUUAUUCGUUUUGGACACGAUAGAAAGUUAUUAUUGGGGAAAACCAUCUUGUUUGAAAUGACUUAAAUCUGCACCUUAGAAACUUUCGGCACAGACCAAGAAAACGCAAAUGACACAUCGGCGAACGAAAUGGUACUGUAUACAAACGUGUGAAAAAUGUUUAAAAACCAGAUAAAAAUUGCCAAAUUAUAUAUAUUUGAGAUAUUCAUUUAAUGGAUAUCCGUCUGAUGCAUGUACAGCUAUAAGAUAGGAAAAAUUUAUACCAAAAUGCUAUGUAUGUUCAAAGCCUUUAUUGUUUUUAUCUAGCAUUUCUUGUGUGGAAUAUAUCGAUCAUUUUCUUUGACAUUAAAUGCAAACAAAUCUAGAACAUCCACAGUAUAGCAUAGUUAAAUAAAAGCAAAUCGAAAGGAAAUAUCACAACAAGGACGACAAUGCGAUACAUUCAUAGCAGUAAUAAACAAAUGCAGAAAAAACUCGUAACUCCUUUCUCCGCAAAAACAAGAAAUUACACAAUGCGACAAAAAUGGACUAAAACGCGACAAAGAAACGUACAAAGUUGAAUACGAUCAGUGACCUACUUUUGUUUGUAUCGUCGAGUCUCUUUGUUGAGUUGCUUCGAUUUUUUGGUUUUUUUCCUAUAUAUAACAAAUUUUCCACACUCACACACACUCAUUACAAAACACAUUUACAAUACUUCAACCAUAGUGUCCCACUAGAAAAUAUUCACAUAGUUUAGAUCAACUUUGGAGGUUUUUCAAGUAUACGCGCGCCUCUCUGUCGUCCGUACUGUACAUUAGAACAAUCAGUGUGCUUUUCUGGAUACGUGUUUACAGACAUAAAACUAACCGUUCAUAAAGUAAUUUCACCGAAGGACCCAACUGACGGGACAAGUUCGACUGCGUUGCGAGCAAUUCCAGUGCAUUUUUGUCUGUUUAAUUUCGAAUUUUACUUGUCAUUUUACCAUGUACCGACAAUAAAACAGAAUUAUUAUUAUU